CCCCCACCCCCCCCCCCCCCCGCUGCUUGCGAUUCGAUCACGCGUCUCUUCCCCACCUCUAUGUCCGCCGUGACCGCGACCCUCGCCGCAGCGAGGUCCCCCGCGGUAGCUGCGCUCCGCCGCCGCUGGGGAGCGGCGGCGCCCCUCCGCUCGGCGCCUGGUCUUCGCCCCCGCCGCCGAGGCAUUGCCAUGGCCGCCGCGCCCGCACCCGUCCCCGCCGAUCCGCUUCCCGAGGGUGCUGAUUCAUUUUUCCGGUCAGUUAUCUCAAACAUGGAAAAAGUUUAUCUGAGCAGGAAUCCAACAGCCAGAACCAUUUUGGAGCAUGUCCAUUCUUAUGAUGGCGACCGCAUUUGUUAUGACCACUUUGCUUUCCGGACAUUUGGGGUUGAUGGUUAUGGCAUAAAUUCACUUGCUGAAUUUUUCACUGAUUUUGGUUAUCUACCUCGUGAAGAACUACGGUUUCCAGCAAAAAAACUUAGAGCACUAUGGUUUUCCCCUCCCACCAAUGAUGGCUACACUGGAACUGGUAUAUAUGGGCCCCUGCCAAGGAUAUUCAUUUCGGAACUUCUUGUGGAUGAGUUGACCGUGCAAAGCCAGGAAAUUAUACAUAAGUACAUUAAAACUUCUGGUAAAGGAAAUAAACAUGCUGCUCUUGCAAGUACAUCUGGGGAGCUGACAUGGGAGAAGCCUGUUUAUUCUGAUUUCCAGGUUUUGUCUAGGGAAAGUGAAUAUGCUGCAUGGACUCUUGUUAAUGGCUAUGCACUAAACCAUGCCACAAUUGCCACUCAUCGCCUAGAGUCAGAUAUCAGAAGUAUUAAUAGGUUCAACAAAUUUGUGGAGGACAAUGGGUUCAAGUUAAAUUCAGAAGGAGGGAUUUUGAAAGUGAGUCCUGAUGGUCUCCUUCAGCAAAGCUCAACGGUAGCUGAUUCAGCAUUGUUUACUUUUGCUGAUGGAGUCACUGAAUCUAUUCCUCGAUCCUAUAUUGAAUUUGCUGAACGCUUGCUGCUCCCGCAGUUCAAGCAUUUGCAAGAUGAAGAGGUAAAAGAACGCCACAGGCGCGAUGGUUUUGAGGUGGGCAAUGCAGACAAGAUAUUCGAGAGCACGUCGAAGGAUCAGCUGACACGGAGAUGAACAGUGAACUUGAUGAACCAUUCUGCGAGUUACCCAAUGUGCCUCUUGGAAGUGUGUUGGAACCGUGCAUUGUGUAAAUAAUUGUAUCUACCUAGGUAAAAUAAAAACAUGAGAAUCAAUAAAAAACAACAUUUCUA